UGGAGCCCAAUCUUCAGAUGGAACCAUCAUCAUCUAACUUUGCUCUUCAAAGUUCUUCAGAGACAUUAUUUUCUAUUCAAUUACUGGAUUUCAAAACCAGCUUACUGGAAGUAUUAGAAGAAUUACGUAUGAGAAGGGAAGCAGAAACUCAAUAUGAAGAGCAAAUUGGUAAAAUUAUUGUGGAAACACAAGAACUAAAAUGGCAAAAGGAAACACUUCAGAAUCAAAAUGAAACACUAGCAAAAAAACACAAAGAAGCAAUGGCAGUUUUCAAAAAGCAGUUGCAAAUAAAGAUGUGCACCUUGGAAGAAGAAAAGGGAAAAUAUCAGCUUGCUACAGAAAUAAAAGAAAAAGAAAUAGAAGGACUAAAGGAAACAUUAAAAGCAUUGCAGGUUUCUAACUAUUCUUUAGAGAAGAAAGUGAAUGAAAUGGAAUAUAAAAUUCAGUUAUAUAAUUUGGCUAAAGAAGAUCACCAGAAACAGUUAAAUGAAAUUGAGAAAUACUAUUCCACAAUAACAAGUCAAUUUGGAUUGGUAAAGGAGAAUCAUGAAAAAUUAGAACAAAAUGUAAAAGAAGCAAUACAGUUAAACAAAAAAUUUUCAGGUUUAAAUAAAAAACAAGAAUCGGAAAUAUGCAGUUUAAAGAAGGAACUAAAAAAUGUAACCUCAGACUUGAUAAAAUUCAAAGCCACAUGCCAACAUAGGAUGGGAGAAGAAAACAUCAACUUAACAGUUAAAGAACAAAAGCUUCAAGAACUUCAAGAAAGACUCAACAUGGAAUUGGAAUUAAAUAAGAGGAUUAAUGAGGAAAUUACCAGAAUUCAAGAAGAAAAACAGGAUAUCAUCAUUUCUUUCCAACGUAUGCAGCAGUUACUUCAGCAACAGACUCGAACUAAUACUGAAAUGGAAGCAAAAGUGAAGAUGUUAAAAGAAAAUAAUCAGACCCUUGAAAGAGAUAAUGAGCUUCAAAGGGAGAAGGUAAAAGAAAAUGAAGAAAAGUUCCUUAAUCUUCAAAAUGAGCACGAGAAAGCACUGGGAACUUGGAAAAAGAAUGUUGAAGAACUUAAUGAGGAAAUCAAGGAGAUUAAAAGCGAGUUGUCAUCACUUACAAAAACUCAUACUAAGUUACAAGAAAGUUAUAAUGAAUUAUGUCAUCAAAAGCUUGAGGCAGACAAGUUUCAGGUGCAUUCAGAAGUAAAUACUGAAAAUGGAGAAACAGCAAUGGAAAAAUUAGAAAACACUGUCAUAGGAAAAUAUAACUCUGAGCAAGAAAUAAGGGAAGAAAAUACUGUGAGUUUUCAUCCAGAUGCUGAAUAUAAAGAAAAGGAGGAAAAGAGAGGAGGCCCAAAUAUGGAAGAAAUUCUUAUAGAGGAUAUACAGGUUCUUGAAAACCACUCCAUAAAGGAAAUUAAUACUGUGGUACCCCAAGAUGGAAAUCAAAGUGAAAUUUCUCUAAGCAAAACCCUUUUUAUAGAAAAAGAAUUAGUCAGACAAGCCUUUAAUGUUACUGAUUUUUUUACAGUUACUGUAGAAAUCAAAGACAAGGUAUGUGUGGAAGACGAUGGGUGUAUAGAUUUUAAAAUAUGAAAUGUCCUUUUUAAUGACAGGUGAACUAAUAAAACAUAAAAGAUAUAUCUAGAAAGAACUGAAGAAUUGGAUUUUUACCAUUUAGAUGUACAUCUGGAGAAUGAAAAUAACAAAUUAUUUAAUAGUAUCUUAAAAUGAGAUAACUCACAAUACAGAUCAUAAAAUAGAUGUUGCUGAAAUUGAAUCAUUAAACAGCAGGUUGGAUUGCUUCCAGGGACUCAAGAAAAUACAGAGAAGGAAAUUACAAAUAAUGACCGAACCAAAGCAGAUUUAAUAUCUCUGCAUAUAAAAAAGAAUUCUGUUAAAUGUUUUAAAAAAAUUUAUAGUAUUCAAGAAAUUUUUUGUUAGAUGAUGUGUAAAACAAAACAAAUUAAACUAUUUGUUUUUAAAAAGUGGAUGUAGCACAUAUUCAAAGAAAUUUCAGAUUUUCAGCAAGUCUUGCAUGAUAGUUUAGAGAAACCUCAACUAAUUAUUUCCUGUGACAUUGCAGUCAGCCACAGCAUUUCUUUCUGGGGGACCAGGGGUGAGAAAGGUUGUACAUCUGAUAAAAAUGUUAGUAUUAUGCCUAUGCUGGUGAAGUCCAACUCACACCCUGGAGAAAAAACUAUAUGGAAAAGCCUGAAUGAUAUGCAAAACAGUCCAUUUAAGAACUGCUCUGGAUAUUUACAGCAUUGUCACCAUUUUCCUCUUCAGGUUAGCAAGAUUACACAUGCUUCACAAGCCAAAGAUAGAAAAUUGUUGACACAAAAAUGUUAACAAAAUUAGUUUUCCUAUAGUCAGAUUGAUGAGAAGCAAAUAACUGAAACCUCAAAAACUGACCUUUCCCUUUCCGUGAAUAUUAAUGAAAGAAAACAUACAUUGUUAAAUAAUGAAGAGAAAGGGGAGUUAUUAAAUGACAUUGUUUCAGGAAAAAACAGUGAAAGACAGCUGGAAGAAUCAUGUUCACAUCACAUAAAGUCAUCUGGAGAUUUAGUAAACAGAAGUGGAAGGUCACCCUUUGAUCUUUCAACUUCAGAUAAAAAAACUGAGAAAAUUCCAGUAUAUGUGAAUUUUUCAGACCCCAGUCCUUAGUCAAAAAUAAAUCAAAUUGAAAGUCAAACUGUGAGCACUUAAACUUGUAGUAUUUCAUUGUUAAAUGAUACUACCAGCAUUAACAGAGUUGCUGACACUUUGAAUAACUCAAGUAUCCAUCAGAAUCUCAAGGGAGAGCCCAGUGAAGAGAGGAAUGCAAUUACAAAGACUUUUUAUGAUUCUUCUUUUCCCACAGAACAUGUAACAACAAAGCCUCUGAAAUCAACUCAGCCACAAAAUCCUUUUCAAUCAGUCAAUUUUACAGAGACUGCUCAUUUGGCUGCAUCUUCUAGUGAAGAUGAAUGGCAGAAACUUGUGAAAAGUCAAGUAAACACAACAGAAGAAUCCCUAAACUUAGAAAACAACAAACCUAAAAAAAGGAAAGCAGAAGACAUGCAGGAAAAAAACAAUCACACUUAAAAGUUGAGCUCCCUUUCCAACCCCUGAUAUGAUGAAACUGUAUUAUUCUGUGUUAUUGCUCAGGAACUGUUUCAUUUGAUAGCAAUCUCCACAUUUUCAAAGUUAGUUGUAAGCGUUCUACUCCCAAUAAGGUUUUUUCUCCAUAUAUUUCAUCA